GCGCGGCCGCGCGCCGCGAAAAUAUCCGAUAUAAAAACAAACGUGUUCAAAUAUAAGUGAACGUGAUUUUUUUUGAGUGAAACAAAAACCCGUAUGUUUUCAAAAAUGAGGCGGAAUAUCAAGAUAUUGUUUUUGAUUGCUGUGGCGUGGUUUUUCGCGCUGUUUUACUUCAUGCAGACGGAGUCGACGCAGAGCAAGGAAGAAAACAUAGCGCUCCGUCUUAUCAAACAGCACGCGGAUGUAGAAGAAACAGAAAGCAGUCCUGCGUCACCUGAGGACAAUUAUGGCACGGGUAGUACAGGCAAGACAUACUUUGAUGAAGGUGGCUACGUCUCCGGAGAUAAGAGGGACAAAGACCCUUACGUACGGAAUCGCUUCAACCAAGCCGCAUCGGAUAACCUACCUAGUAACAGAGCUGUUCCUGAUACUAGAAACGCGAUGUGCCGUUUAAAAAAAUACGAUCAAGACCUACCUGAGACCAGUGUUAUUAUCACAUUCCAUAAUGAAGCUCGGUCGACGCUACUGCGUACUGUUGUCAGUGUCCUCAACAGAAGUCCAGAACAUUUAAUAAAGGAGAUCAUCCUUGUAGACGACUUCAGUGAUAACCCUGAGGAUGGCGCCUCGCUUCGAGCUAUUCGCAAAGUUCGCGUGAUCAGGAACUCAGCGCGCGAGGUCGGUUGCGAUGAGCCCGCGCACCUCGACCAAGGUAAAUUGCAAAAGCGAUUUACUUUGAAAGAUCGAAGUAGGGUGGUGUGUCCAGUGAUUGACGUCAUCAGCAUGGACACGUUCCAGUACAUCGGCGCGUCUGCCGACCUUCGCGGCGGCUUCGACUGGAACCUGGUCUUCAAGUGGGAAUAUCUAUCGCAUGCUGAGCGCAGCGCCCGCUUGAGCGAUCCCACGCAAGUGAUCCGCACGCCCAUGAUCGCCGGCGGCCUCUUCAGUAUGGACAGGCAGUACUUCAAUAAACUGGGAAAGUACGACAUGAAGAUGGACGUCUGGGGCGGCGAGAACCUCGAAAUAUCUUUCAGAGUAUGGCAGUGCGGUGGGUCGUUAGAGAUCGUUCCCUGUUCCCGAGUGGGUCACGUGUUCCGCAAGCGACAUCCCUACACGUUUCCCGGCGGGUCUGGUGCGGUGUUCGCGAGGAACACGCGCCGCGCCGCAGAGGUCUGGAUGGAUGAUUACAAAGAACUGUACUAUAGAUCACAGCCUCUGGCAAAGCAAGUCGAUUUUGGAGAUAUCUCUGAGCGCGUACGUCUCCGCGAGAAACUGCACUGCAAGCCAUUCCGCUGGUAUCUAAAGAAAGUGUACCCUGAACUGCAAGUGCCGACGCUCGAGACCUCGGACAACACGCACGUCAUCCGUCAAGGCCCGCGCUGUCUCGACACUAUGGGACAUCUAGUAGACGGCACUCUCGGCAUGUAUCCCUGCCAUAAUUCUGGCGGUAAUCAGGAGUGGCGUUUCGAUAACGGUCUGAUACGCCACCAUAGUCUGUGCAUCUCGCUGUCAGCCGAGGACCGUGUGACGGCAGUACUUGCCGCAUGCGACGCCACAGACGACGCCCAAAUGUGGCGACGCCAAGGAGAAAUCAUCCGUCACGCCAAACUAGACGCCUGUCUUGAUGCAAGCAGACCCGCGCUGUACAUAGACCAGUGUGACCAAUAUAAAGUCAGCCAGCAGUUUUCCUUUUAAUUACGUUUGUGACUUGCUGACGCUUAAUAACUCUGAUGCGAGUUUUGUAACAGGGUAUUUUUUUCAUUUUCACACAUUAAUUUGCAGUGUUUUAAAUGUAAAAAAAAAAAAAUUCUACACUAAAAACGUACU